UACCCCCCUUUGGUUUUCCCUCCUCGGCACACCGGGCACGUUCUUUGCUUUCUUUGCUCUGGCAAACUCUCCUUUCGCUUCGGUCUUUUUGACCCUGUUCGAUCUUUCCCCUGUGUUAACAUCUGUACUCCUGAUAGGCCGCAUUUGGGAUGCCCUCAUUUCCGACCAAGUCUUGAUCCACCAACCUGUUUUAUACGCCUUUCGCCCUUAACCCAACGACCGAAGGACAGACGACACCAUGCACGGCUACAGCUCCUCCGAGGAGUCUGACGACCCUCGCCGGCCCCGCGCGCAACCCAGCACCAGUAGCAGCAACAGUAAUGACCAAAAGAAGAAAAAGAAGAAGCCCAAGCCCCCACCUCAGCAGACCAUCAACUGGAUCUGGAAGAAUUUCCAAAAGCGCAAGUUCAGCAAGGCCCUCGCUGUCUUGCCCUUCGACCCUGUCCUCCCUCCAGCAGGCCCCGAGAGACCCAACGAAUCGCCGAACGCUGGCUAUGAACGGGCUGCGGAAGAGUGCCGUCGGAAGGUUAGGAAGAUUAUCCAGGAAUGCCGCAGGGUGAAUACUCGCUAUCGGGAUCCGAACUUUGAUCUGGACUGGGACCUCAAAUGGGAAAAGGGCAACUGUCUCAAUCACCUGGGCUCUACCAAGUGGUCGAUCAGCAGGUCUUCUCUUUCCAGCAGCAGCGCUACCGUGCCCAAGGCUGUCAAGCGCGUGCACGAAAUCUUUGAGAAACCUACGUUCAUGAAGUCCCUCAGUGGCGACGAUGUCAAGCAAGGCAGCCUCGGGGACUGCUGGCUUAUCGCUAGUCUGACGGCUCUGGCCCACGUUCCGGGUGCGCUGGAGAAGAUUUGCGUGGAAUACGAUCAACGCAUUGGCAUUUACGGUUUCGUCUUUUACAGAGGUAUGCCAUUCCAUCAAUGCUAUCCCUUUAAGGAGAAGAAACAGCGAGAAGAAGAAGAGAAAAAAAAGAACGAGAAAAAAAAGAAAUAUUUUGCUGACUCGAGGCGACCCACAGAUGGCGAAUGGAUCUACUCCAUCAUCGAUGACAAGCUCUACCUCAAAUCGCCCGCAUGGGAUUCGCGCAGUAUGCAGCGGGAUCUUCUGCAGCAGAUCGACCGGGAGGAUCAAGAGCGCGUCUACCGCAAGACAUACCAGACCGGCUCCAAAGCUCUCUUCUUCGGACAAUGCAAGGAUCAGAACGAGACGUGGGUCCCGCUCCUCGAGAAGGCCUACGCUAAGGCCCACGGCGACUACGCUUCCUUGAUUGGCGGUUGGAUCGGCGAGGCCCUCGAAGAUCUCUCCGGCGGUGUCACGUCGGAGAUCCUUGUUUCCGACAUUCUCGACACGGAAAGUUUCUGGGACGAGCUCGCCAGGGUCAACGACGAGUUCUUGUUUGGCUGCUCCACAGGGCUGCUCGAAUGUGGAUACGGAGAUCGCGAUGGCAUCUCGGAAGGCCACGCCUACGUCCUCAUGGAGGCCAAGACGCUCAAGUCGGGCCAGCGACUGCUCAAGCUGAGAAACCCUUGGGGCAAGAUCCGAAAGGGCAUCUGGGAAGGUGCAUGGUCCGACGGGUCCAAGGAGUGGACGCCGGAUGCGCAAGCGGAACUCAACCACAUGUUCGGCAACGACUCUUCUUUCUGGAUCUCGUAUGAAGACUUUCUCAACAAGUUCCAGCACAUCGACCGCACCAGGCUGUUCCGGGACACCGACUGGCGGUGUUGUCAGCGGUGGAUCGGCGUGGAGGCUCCUUGGAAGCCCCAGUACAACGAGAAGCUCCAGUUCACGCUGACCAAGGAUUCGCCGCUGGUCUUGACCUUGACACAGCUCGACGACCGGUACUUCAAGGGUCUUCAGGGCCAGUACAGGUUCCGGCUGCACUUCCGCAUCCACGAGAAGGGCCGCCCCGAAGCAGAGGACUACGUUGUACGGUCGCACGGCAAUUACCUCAUGUCGCGCGGCGUGUCGAUCGAAAUCCCGGACAUGCCGGCGGGUGAGUACAGCGUGUUCAUCAGCGUAACGGCCGAGAGGGAUACGGCGGUGCCUUCGGUGGAGAACGUGGUCAAGCGCGAGUGCAAGAACCGGACGGAGAACGAGAAGCUGGCCCAGGUGGGCUACGCUUACGACCUGGCGCACAGCAAGGGCGCGGCGCAUCUCGAGGAGGUGGCCCGGCUGCGCAAGAUCAAGGACCAGCAGAAGGCGUCGGCGUCGCGGCAGAAGGAGCGCCGCAAGCAGUGGGAGAGGCGGCAUAUGAACCGCGUGAUCAACAAGAAGCAGAAGGAGAAGAACACGACCAAGCGCGAGCGCAAGCGGGCCGCGGCUGCGGUGGACGAUGCUGACGAAAGCUCAACGGAAGAAGAGGUAAAGCAGCAGCCGGAGCAGCAGCAGCAGCAGGCCGCGGACCAGAGCAAAGAAGAGGGCAAGGCGGACGGACAACAAGAGUCGGAUGAGAAGCCCGCUUCUCCCAAGCCCAAGAAGGGGGAGGGCAAGAGGCGAGCUACGAAGGCCGCCCCGCCGCCUCCCGUGUCGGACGGCGAGUCGUCCGACUCGCCCAUCGAGGACUGGGAGGAGCUGUACAGCAGCGACGACAUGGUCCGCAAGCCGCGGCUGGCGCCGGCCCAGCCGCCGCUCCCCAAGUCGGCCAUCUUCGAGUCGGAGGACGAGGACGCGCCGGAGCCGUGGAACGCCAUCUGCAUCGUCGGCUUCCGGCUGUACUCCAAGGACGAGGACCUCGACCUGCGCGUCGUCAUGGAAGGGGGCGACCUGCUCGAGAACGGCAUGGGCAAGAAGGGAGGUGCCGACCUCGACAAUGCGCAGGAGAAUGCGGGCGGCGAGCGCGAGAAGCAGCCGUCUGGGGAGGAAGAAGCCGAAGAGAAGACGGCGCAGCAGGACGCGGGAGAAACGAAGGCCGCGUCCGGUGGAGAGAAGGGGGAGGUCGUUGAUGGGGAUGCGAAGGCUCCACCUUCACCACCCGAGGAACCCAAGGAGAGGGAGAAGGGGCAGCAGCCGGACGAGACGGGCGCCGAUAAGACUCCCGAGCCGAACGAGGACUCCAAGUCGGAUAAGAGCUCUGACUCGGCAGAGUACGACAAGCUCGACUCUGGGGCCAGCACGCCGGGAGUGCUUGUCACGCCUAUGGAGUCUGGUAAACAGCUGGGUUGAGCUGCAUCUCCUCGUCGCUUUCGCAUUUACGACCAAUAUUUUUCUUCUCUUCUCUUUUGUUUUCUUUCAUGAUGAGCGAUGAAUUGGCAUAUAGACAUGUCAAACGGCUUUUGACUUUGC